AUGGUCAGAUUUCUCGUGCUUUUUUCCUAUUUAGGUAGAAAUUUUAGUGGUCUGCAAGUUCAGACAUACAGUCCGGUAAAGACGGUUGUGGGUGUUUUGCAGUAUGCCUUCACAAAGUUGGUCCACCAAAUUGAUUACCCUGGCACCAAGGAUCAGGCUGUUAAAUUUGUAACUUCAAGUCGAACAGACAGAGGUGUUAGUGCUCUGUGCAACGCUGGCCAUGUUGAUAUCUAUUCACCAAAGAUCUUGAGGAUGAUGAGAGUUCCAGACGAUUUUCAUAGUAGGUACAAUGCACUUAGCAGGUCCUAUGUAUAUAGGGUCUGCUGUUUAGGGAAUAGGAAUGUACCUGUACCCACAGCCCUUGACGUACCAUUGCUAGAAAGACAGACGUGCUUGAUCAUCAGACAACAAUUAGACAUGGAAUCAGUACAGAAAGCCGCCCAACUCCUAACUGGCCGACAUGAUUUCCGUGCAUUCACUACCCCGACAAACAGGAGGCUGAUAGAAGAUGACGCCAGUAACAACAACAACAAGGACGACGAUGAAGAAUCAGACAUUGAAAUAGAAAGUGUCAAAGAUAUGGAGGUCAAAGUUCAAAGUGGGCAGGGAGCUUUGGAUGAGUACGUUGAUUAUCUCUAUGGGGGGAGGAUGAAGAUUUGGGAUUUUCAUUUUAGGGCUCAUUCAUUCCUUUACAGACAGGUUCGGAAAAUGGUAGGAGCCAUGCCUCGUAAACCAUCUAAAGGCGAAUGA